CUUAUCUCCCCGACUCACUGGCUCAUCAGCUUUACUGCGCUGGUGAAAGGUCACUCAGUCAGUGACCCGCUUGCUGUCGACUGAGCCGCAGCCCGUCUGCUGCCACCGCGGGACCAUGCACACCAAGUCCAGCUGCUGCUGCUCCUUUGAAGACUACAAGCUGACCACAGAAUGGCUGCUGACCCAGACGGGCCACCGACCAAAGGUGGCGGUCAUCUGCGGCUCAGGACUGGGUCUGCUGGCCGACAGCGCCACCGACAAGCAGAUCUUCAAGUACCAGGACAUCCCUAACUUUCCCGUCAGCACAGUGGAGGGUCACGAGGGCUGCCUGGUGUUCGGGUUGAUCGAGGACACGCCCUGCGUCUUCAUGAAGGGCCACUUCCACCUGUACGAGGGCUACUCGCUCUGCCAGGUGACCUUCCCGGUGAGGAUCUUCAAGCUGAUGGGCGUGGAGAGCGUCCUGGUCACCAACGCGUCCGGGGGUCUCUGCCCCGACUUCAAGGUGGGCGACAUCAUGAUCGUCAAGGACCACAUCAACUUGCCUGGCUUCGCCGGGCAGCAUCCGCUGUGUGGACCCAACGACGAGCGGUUCGGGACCCGGUUCCCCUGCAUGUCGGAUGCCUACUGCAAAGACCUGCGGCGCCUGGCGCUGGAGGCGAGCGGCGAGCUGGGCUGCGGCGGCUUCAUCCGGCAGGGCGUCUACUGCAUGGUCAGCGGGCCCAACUUCGAAACCAUUGCGGAGGCACGGAUGCUGCGGGUCCUGGGCUGCGACUCUGUGGGGAUGAGCGCUGUUCCUGAGGUGACGGUGGCCAAGCACUGCGGGCUGCGGGUCCUGGGUCUGUCCCUCAUCACCAACAUGGUGUCUCUGGACUACAGCAGGGAGGAGAAGGUCAACUAUGAUGAGGUCCUCCAGAUCAGCAAGAUGAGAGCAGAGGUUCUGCAGAAGCUGGUGAUGACCCUCAUCACCCGCUGCCAGCAGCAGAGCAUCAACACACACAAUGGCCUUCAAUAAAGCUGUGGUUGA